AUGUCGUACCCGGCCAGCCCUGUAUCUGAGGCGACUACGCUCACAGAGAUUCGCACAAACGCCCACUCUAUGGCGUUUGUCUCCUCAUCAAGCUCUUCAGCAACCUCGCUCUUAACUUCGGACUCUGAAGUUGACAGCGGAGGCUUUCUCAAGUCUUCCUUCCGCGCUGGCGGCCCUGUGAUCUGCUCCCUACCUGCCAGUCUAGAGCCUCUUAGCCGGCGCCUGCGAGAAUUUAUGCUUGAACAAGGUCGAGAGACUCGAUGCCUUCAUCUCGCAGACCAGAUUCUUUUGAGAUAUAGAUUGAAUCCUUCUGAGCGGUAUUUCACCGGUCGUCAGUCUAUUAUUGGAAAAGAGCCGCAACCAAUCCUCACACUCCUCAUCGUUAUGCGUCGAGAGCCAGUUCCGGAUUCAACAAUAUGGCGCGAGGUAGCCAAGAAAAUUAAAAUCACUCUGCACUCUAUACUUACCCAUUUAUCGGUUGAAAUAAUUGAUGAAAGAUUAUUACAUCGUGGACAGUGUUUCCCUGUUGAGUCCACACAUCCUAUCUUUCCAGUAUGGUUAAAUAUUUGUGAGCAGAUUCUACAGGGUGCUUACAACACAAGGGAAUGGGUUGCAUUAGAUUGCUGGCGCUAUGGAUAUGAGGACAAUGCAAGCAACAACGAAGUCAGUGUCAUUGUCAGCGUCCAAGAGACUGCUGAAGGUUCAUUCCACACUGCUGCUCAACAAGUAAAGGAAGUCCUCGCCAGGAACUCUGUUGAGAACGUCAACGUAUUGUUUAUAAAGAGCGAUAUCUGUUUUAUUUCUGAUAAGCCUGAAAUAGGCCCUGAACUUCCGGAUAGUGCUUGUACUCAAUAUGUGUUACCUGGGGUAAGCAUAGGUAUUCGAAACAGUUCCGCUGGCUUGUCUACCCUGGGAGGAAUUGUAGAGCUUAAGCAACGGUCUGAGUGGCAUCAGUUCGCUCUAACCUGCUUCCACUGUGUCUACCCCCCGGAAACACCAGAGACCCCGGACAGACACCGCUCAAUCCUACAUCGAAUCCCAGGUGCCCAAGCAUCAUUCGCAAAAUGGAUGUGGAAUCCCAUACUUCCAAAUGAUAAUAUGGCCAAACAACUCCUCCGGAUCGAACAACCAUCCACUUUCGAUCUCAAGAACACAAUUGUACACCUCAGUAAUCGAAUUAAAUCUCUCCGAGAUCCUGAAUAUGAAAGAUUACAUAGGUUGAAAGAAGCAAUAAAGAAAGGAAGCGAUGACUUUCUGACGCCCAGGCAAGAGCUCAACUACGAAAUGGACUCGAAAAUCAUUGAGCACUGGGAGGAUCGCAGAGCAUUUUUCGAGGGUUUCUUGAGCAAGAACUCCCACAAGCUGGGGCAUGUUUUCUGUGGCAGUGGCCUCCACCACCAGAUAGUCGCUGCAGGUGGAUACCGGCAGAUUAUGGACUGGGCCCUAAUCCGAGUUGACAAAGAACGGAUCCCCACCGAUGCUCAUACUCUUGCCGAAAUCGGUCGGCCCUUCGCAUACGGUGUCAAUGAAGUUCCAAAUCGGUUUUCUUACGAGCCAGCGGUAGAUACAGGACUGUUCGAUAAGAUCUUGUUCAAGACGGGUAGAUCCACAAAAAAGACCUCCGGAAGGUACCACGGGUUGCAAAAGUGCAUGCUUCAUCGCGAACCGGAUGAAACUGCCCCUGCUGGCUAUCGAAUUGUCCCUACGUUCACGCAUUCGGUCAGCAUUUUAGAUAACCAGACCUUUUGCGAGCCAGGUGACUCCGGCUCUCUUAUUUACAAAGAGUCCGAAAAGGUGGUGGGCAUGUUUUUCGCUGUCAGCCAGCGAAUAAACACAUGGAACUUUCAAUUGAUUUCGGAUAUUUUUGAUGAUAUCAAGAUAGUCAGCGGCGCAUCUGAAGUUCGUUUCGUAUGA